ACCAAGGGCCUUGAGAGAAAGAGAGUCUCCACACAGACAGCCACAUCACUGCGGCUCCAGCAUGCUGCGCGCCACCGUGUUCCUCUGCGUCCUCGCCGCGUGUUCGUGCGCGCCGCCGCGCUCCUGCGAACCCGGAGAUCAAGCUUUAGGAAGAUGCAAGGAAUCAGUAAAAGAGAAAUUGCAGUGCACAGAAAUGGUGCUGAGCUACUGCCAGGAUGUGCCCUAUAGGCAGGCUGUCUUCCCCAACCUCAUCGGGCAGCAGUCGCGACAGGAGGCCGAGCAGAGCACUGAGUACCUGCUGCUUAAUGUGCUGCACGGCCUGCUGGGGGGCGAGUGCUUGCCCGAGCUACGUCUACUCGGAUGCUCUGUGCUGGCUCCACGAUGUCACAAAAAUGCCAGAAUCAAGCCAUGCCGCAGCUCAUGUGAAGCAGUGAAGAAGAACUGCGUGCACGCCUUUGAGGCUAUCCGCAUGGCCUGGCCCUACUUCCUGGACUGUGACCGUUUCUUUGCAGCUGAGGAAGAGGGCUGCCACGACCCGCUGUCUGAGCUCAGAGCCAGGCAAGACGUCGCCUUCUCCAGCAUCUCUGAUGGGGGUCAGGCUACUGUUCUUCAGUUCACGUACCACACUAAUGCUCAAAUGUUCAGCAUCUUGAAGAAAACGGCAGCCAAAUGUCCUCAGAUCUCCCGAACUUACAGCAUUGGCCGUAGCGUGGAAGGCAAGGACCUGCUGGUCAUUGAGUUCUCCAGUAAUCCUGGACAACACGAGCUACUGGAGCCAGAGAUUAAGUUGAUCGGGAACAUGCAUGGGAAUGAGGUUUUGGGCCGGCAGCUGCUCAUCUACCUGGCUCAGUACCUGUGUUCCGAGUACCUGCUGGGCAACGAGCGCAUCCAGAGCCUCAUCAACAACACACGCAUCCACCUUCUGCCCUCCAUGAACCCAGACGGCUAUGAGAUCGCCGCCUCUGAGGUAGCCGAUAGCAACGACCCUGAAAACACCAACCCAGAAGGUCCCUUGUAUAAUGGUUGGGUCAGUGGCAGAACCAAUGCUCAGAACAUCGACCUGAACCGCAACUUCCCCGACCUGACCUCCAUUUACUACAACCGACGGCGCUUCCUCCGAUUCCGCACCGACCACCUCCCUAUCCCCGACUCCUACUGGUUGAAUAAGGUAGCUCCAGAAACCUACGCUGUGAUGAAAUGGAUCAGGUCCAUUCCAUUUGUUAUCUCUGCCAGUCUACACGGGGGAGAGCUCGUCAUCUCGUAUCCCUUUGACUUCUCCAGACACCCCCAUGAGGAGAAAAUGUUCUCUCCCACACCUGAUGAGCAGAUAUUUAAGCAAUUGGCCAGGACCUAUGCAGAUGCUCAUGCGACAAUGGCCAGCAAUGAGACACAAAGAUGUGGAGGCUCAUUUGCCGGCAGAGGAGGCAUCAUCAAUGGCGCUCAGUGGUACAGCUUUGCUGGAGGCAUGUCGGACUUUAACUACCUGCACAGUAAUUGUUUGGAGCUGACGGUGGAGCUCGGCUGUGAUAAGUUUCCUGCAGAGGAAGAGCUUUACCCAGAGUGGCGCAGGAACAAGGAAGCUCUGCUCAGUUUCAUGGAGUCUGUCCACAGAGGAAUAAAAGGUGUUGUGAAAGACAAAGAUGGGAAUGGAAUUAAAGGUGCCAUCGUAUCUGUUAGAGGGAUAAGGCAUGACAUCACCACAGCUGAAGAUGGUGACUAUUGGAGACUGCUGAUUCCGGGUGUCCACAUUGUAACUGCCACAGCUCCUGGCUACUCUAAAGUGGUGAAACGCAUCAAGCUGCCUCACACCAUGCAGAAGACAGGCCGUGUGGACUUUGUGCUAAACAGGGAGCCAGUAGAACCUGACCACGAAUACUUAUCCAUCCCUGAGCUGGAUAAUUAUGAGCGCUUCGACCCUUUUAACGCAUUCGAGCAGCACAAUGAGCCGGAUCGUGGAGAGAAUGGAGAGGAGAGGAGUGAGAAGCCUUGGUGGUGGGCAUACUUUAGUCAGCUGGGGACAUCCCCUCCCACCUGGCUUCUCAGGAACUAUUAGCACCCUCACAUUGCCCCUUAUUUCCAUAACUGCCUCCUGUAUGCAAAUUAAUGCACCUUAGGUUUCAAUUAUUGUCAAGAAGAUUUGGAAGUUAUAGUCUUCAUCCCAUUCUUAAGACAAAGUUGGUCUAUAAUGUAUUGUUUAUAAAAAUCUAACACUUAUGUUAGGUGUCUAGGACUUGUUUUGGGACUGUACCUCAUAACCUGAUCUUGUGUAUAAAGCAGAGAUUACCAAACCCAUAUGAAAAUUCUAAUAACAGCUUAGUUCAAUAACAGAUGGCAGCUAGACCAUUGCUUGGCUAGAAUAAAAUAUAUAUUUGUUUUGUCAUGCAGGCUUUUUAUGUGCAGGCACAUUAUGCCAAAACCUAUUUAAUGUUAAUGGAACCCUGAAUUUUCAUUCGAAUCAAACCAAUGUAUCAUCUGUUUUCCAUCAAAACACGUAACCUACAAUUGCAAAUGGACUGGAAUAAUUAAGAUAGGGUAUGAAAAUCUGUUUCCUCUCAUUCAGUGUAGAACUAGAUACAAUACAUUUUUCAUUUGAAGAGCUAACAAUUCCAAUUUUUAACCAAAAGUCAUGAAGCACUAAACACAUUAGGUAUAACCUUUACAAUUGUACUCAACACUGGGUCUAAAUUCUGUAAACCCAGGUCUACUUUUGGUCUGAUCUCUGUGACAGAGCCCUAUUUUGGAUAUAAUCUCUGGACCAGAGCUCUACAUUGGGGUUCAAAUAUGUAAUCAGUUUGGGUCUACUCUAGAUAUAAUACACUAAUACAUUGAGUCUAAUAAAAUAAUAAUAAUAUAAAUGCACAUGUACUGUUAUGAUCUUGCUAGCCCAGUUCUAAGACUUGUUAAACUGUAAAAUUUUAUUCUGAACCCUACAACCCAGGAUUUCUCUCCUUUAGGUAGUUUGACUAACCAAAGAACCCUUGAAGAAACCUUGUUUCUUAGACUGCAGCAAACAAUAUUGUAGUAAACAUGUGACACGGUGUGUGACUUUUCAAUGUACAAAAUGAAGGCUCUCAGUGUCAUGUAUAGCAUUUCACUUCAAAUAAAAUAUGUAACUUUAGCACUAUAUGUAGUUCGUGCACCACAUCUGUUGCUGAGAUCUGUAUAGAGUCUAAUCUGUAUCUGAGCCUUUAUUGGGUAUAAUCUAUAUCUGAGCUCUCAGCUGGGUCUAAACUAAUCUGUAUCUGAGCUCUGUUGGGUCUAAUUUUCUUUGGGCUCUACAUUGGGUCUAAUUUGUACUUCUGUACCUGAGAUCUACAUUGGGUCUGAUCUGUACCUGAGCACUAUAUUGGAUCUAAUCAGUUUCUGAGCUCUACUUUGGGUCUAAUCUUUACUUGACCUCUAUGUUGGGUCUAAUAAGUCUUUGGGCUCAACAUUGGAUCUAAUCUGUGCCUAAGGUCUAUGUUGGGUCAAAUCUCCAUAACUGAGGUCUAUGCUGGGUCCUAAAUCUGUAAAAUCUUUUACACUGGAUCUAAUCUCUGUAUCUGAGGUAUAAAUUUGGUCUAAUCUCAGUCAUUUAAGAUUGUUUUGUGUCUAACUUUGGUAGCUGAGGUCUGUAUUGUGUCUGAUUACAGUAACUGAGGUUGGGUCUUUUGGGUCUAGUCUCUGAGACUUAUGAGAAAAUGUAAAUGUACUGCCAUGAGAAUUAUCUUGCUAGUCCAAUUGUUACAACUUCUAUGCCCUGCAUUGUGUAUAUGCAAAACUAUAUUUCUUUUGUUAUGUCCAUUGUAGUUGUUUUAGACAUUUGCACAGUGUUUAUUAAAAUGUUGCUGUAUA